UAUCUUCAGCUUCAACUCUAUGUACUAAUAUAACUCAAAGUGUAUCACAUGUUGCUUUCGGUAAUUAUUUAUCCUUCUCGGCCGGUUUAUUUCUUACUUGCUUUUCAAAACCUUCAGCCGAUGAUAAAAGCUUCUUUGCUAAAGUCAAAAGAUUUUUUUCCGAUGAAGAUUCAGUGGCUUUUGUGGAUGAUGUGAUUGAAAGAUUACCUUAUAUACUUGUUAUUUCACUGAUUUCAGUUUAUAUUAUCCAAUUAAUUGUUCAGACAUAUUUCAAAGACCAUGUUCCAUCUACUGGAUACAUUCUUUGGUUUCAAUGGAUUAGCCUGCUUUCACCUUUAUUAACUAUACCAAUACAUAUUAUUCUUUCAUAUAUUUCUUCGGAAGAUGAUGAACAUGCAGCAACAUAUUCAUUAAUAUAUCCUGUAUUAUUUCAAAUAUAUUUACAUGUAGGAUACAUAAGUUUUUACCUAUAUUGUGAUGAAGGUUAUUUAUCAUCGGGUUUGUUAUUUUUAAGUGGAUUCGUUUUGAAUAAUGUUAUCCGUAUGGCGUAUGAAUGGGUAUUUCCAAGCAGUGUUUGGAAAGUGGUUAAGGUUCCUAGGUUUGGAAAAAAAGAAAAAGAAAGUGAUACUGUACCAAUGAUUUAA